CCGCUCACCGCUAUCCCCAGCCACUUGCGCCCGUUCUCUCCUGCGCCACCUUUCCUCUUCUCAUUCCUCCAUUCGUUUCUCAGCCUUCAUAAAUCCACUCUCUCUCUCUCUCUCUCUCUCUCAAUCAAUCCUCUCUCUCUCCAUAAUCCAUAGCAAUGUCAGGAAGCGGAGUCGUGACAGUGUACGGGAACGGCGCAAUCGCCGAGACCACAAAGAAAUCCCCCUUCUCCGUCAAGGUGGGCCUGGCCCAGAUGCUCCGCGGCGGCGUCAUCAUGGACGUAGUCAACGCCGAGCAGGCCCGCAUCGCGGAGGAGGCCGGGGCCUGCGCCGUCAUGGCCCUGGAGCGGGUCCCGGCCGACAUCCGGGCCCAGGGCGGCGUGGCCCGGAUGAGCGACCCGCAGCUCAUCAAGGAGAUCAAGCAGGCCGUCACCAUCCCCGUCAUGGCCAAGGCCCGGAUCGGUCACUUCGUCGAGGCCCAGAUCCUCGAAGCCCUUGGCAUCGAUUACAUCGACGAGAGCGAGGUGUUGACCCCAGCCGACGACGAGAACCACAUCAACAAGCAUAAUUUCCGCAUCCCUUUCGUCUGCGGCUGCCGGAAUCUCGGCGAGGCUCUCCGCCGCAUCAGGGAGGGCGCCGCCAUGAUCCGCACCAAAGGGGAAGCUGGCACUGGCAACAUAAUCGAGGCGGUUCGCCACGUGCGCUCUGUGAUGGGCAACAUCCGUGUCCUCCGCAACAUGGAUGAUGAUGAGGUCUUCUCCUUCGCAAAAAAAAUUGUGGCCCCGUACGAUUUGGUGAUGCAGACAAAGCAGCUGGGUAGGCUUCCGGUGGUUCACUUCGCAGCGGGCGGCGUGGCAACUCCAGCCGAUGCAGCGCUGAUGAUGCAGUUGGGUUGCGACGGUGUUUUCGUUGGGUCAGGCGUGUUCAAGAGUGGUGACCCGGCAAGGAGGGCGCGGGCAAUUGUUCAGGCCGUGACGCAUUACAGUGAUCCAGAUAUAUUGGCGGAGGUAAGCUGUGGUUUGGGUGAGGCCAUGGUAGGGAUUAAUCUCAAUGAUGAUAAAGUCGAGAGGUACGCCAAUAGGUCGGAAUGAAAUGCUUGUUGGUGAGGGCCGCCAAAUAUCCCUCUUUUAGACCAUAUUGCAAGUUUGUUUCAUUAGUGUAAUUGGGGUUUGGAGAAACUUCCUGUCAGAAUAACGAGAAUUGGAAUAUAUGGAUUGGUUAAGUAUAUGAUACUAUGAUAGUAUUUGUUUCACUUCAAAUUGAGGAAUGAAUUUUGUUUGGUGUAUGUGAUAAUGGAUACUCCUAGGUUCUUUGGAAUUCAUGGAAUUCAUAUUUUACAAUUGCGCUUGAGCUUCUGAUUA